ACAACUACAAGCUACACAACUCAAAAGUUCCCAUUUCUGCCCGUUGCCGUUUGCUAUUGCAUAGCCUUUGACUGCCGUGAAUCCAUCAACCUGAAUCUAUCAUCUCCGAUCUAGCCGCUAUCUCCGAUCUGUCUCACCGGACAAAAUGGAGAAUCUUAUUAAUCUUGUCAACAAACUACAGAGAGCAUGCACUGCCCUCGGUGAUUUCGGCGAAGGAUCCUCUCUGCCGACCCUUUGGGAUGCCCUGCCUACAAUCGCCGUCGUCGGCGGUCAGAGCUCUGGAAAGUCAUCUGUGCUGGAGAGUGUUGUUGGGAAGGAUUUUUUGCCUCGUGGAUCUGGGAUUGUUACCAGGCGUCCUCUUGUUCUACAACUCCAUAGAAUCGAUGAGGGAAGAGAAUAUGCAGAGUUUGCUCAUCAACCAAGAAAGAGGUUUACUGACUUCGCUGCUGUGAGGAAAGAAAUCUCUGAUGAGACUGAUCGUGAGACAGGACGAAGCAAACAGAUUUCAUCAGUUCCUAUAUAUCUCAGUAUCUAUUCUCCUAAUGUUGUGAACUUAACCCUUGUCGAUCUUCCUGGUUUGACAAAAGUAGCUGUUGAGGGUCAGUCAGAGAGCAUCGUGGCAGAUAUUGAAAACAUGGUGCGAUCCUACAUUGAGAAACCUAACUGCAUUAUUCUGGCAGUUUCUCCUGCCAAUCAGGAUCUUGCUACAUCUGAUGCUAUCAAAAUUGCUCGUGAGGUAGAUCCACAAGGGGAGAGGACGUUUGGAGUUUUGACUAAGAUUGAUCUUAUGGACAAGGGUACCGAUGCAGUUGAUAUGUUGGAAGGGAAAUCUUAUAGGCUGAAGUUUCCAUGGAUUGGUGUUGUGAAUCGGUCUCAAGCUGAUAUUAACAAAAGUGUCGACAUGAUUGCUGCCCGAAGGAGGGAAAGGGAAUACUUCAAUACUACUCCCGAAUACAAGCAUCUUGCUAGUAAAAUGGGCUCUGAGCAUCUAGGGAAAGUGCUUUCCAAGCAUUUGGAAACGGUGAUUAAGUCCCGAAUUCCAGGCCUUCAAUCUCUCAUCAACAAAACAAUCAUUGAACUUGAAACAGAACUGAGUCGUCUCGGAAAGCCCAUUGCUACUGAUGCUGGGGGAAAACUGUAUAUGAUUAUGGAAAUAUGCCGUGCUUUUGAUCAAACAUUCAAAGAACAUCUUGAUGGCAUACGGCCAGGUGGUGACAAAGUGUACAGCAUAUUCGAUAAUCAACUUCCUGCCGCCUUAAAAAGAUUACAAUUUGACAAACAACUGUCCAUGGAAAAUGUGAGAAAAUUAAUCACAGAAGCUGAUGGUUAUCAGCCUCAUUUAAUAGCCCCUGAGCAAGGCUAUCGUCGUCUUAUUGAAUCCACCUUAAUUACCAUCAAAGGCCCCGCUGAGGCUGCUGUUGAUGCCGUUCAUGGUAUACUAAAGGAUCUUGUACACAAGUCCAUAAACGAAACUGCGGAGUUGAAGCAAUACCCGUCCCUGAGGGCAGAAGUAAUGAAUGCAGCUUGUGAUUCAUUAGAUAAAAUGAGAAACGAAAGCAAGAAAGCCACCAUACAGUUAGUUGAUAUGGAAUGCAGUUACUUGACGGUUGAUUUCUUCCGGAAGCUUCCCCAGGAUAUUGAAAAAGGCGGGAACCCAACGCACUCCAUUUUCGAUCGAUACAAUGAUUCUUAUCUUCGUAGGAUCGGAUCAAAUGUUCUGUCAUAUGUUCAUAUGGUGGUUGGGACACUGAGACACUCCAUCCCAAAGUCAGUGGUGUUUUGUCAAGUACGUGAGGCUAAACGUACUUUACUUGACCAUUUUUUCACUGAGUUGGGUGCAAAGGAGGGAAAGCAAUUGGCUAAACUGUUGGAUGAGGAUCCGGCCAUAAUGCAGAGGCGUAUGGAUUUGGCAAAGAGAUUGGAAUUGUAUAGAGCUGCACAAGCUGAGGUGGAUGCUGUUGCAUGGGCCAAGUAGAGAACUAAUUCUUUCUUCAAACUUUAUAUACACAAACCAACCAACCAACCAACCUUUGUUCUACUUGUACUCUGAACUACUACUCCUCCUCAUGGAUUGGUGUUUGAUUUUUUGGUAGAAACACAAACACACAUAUGCUGUUAAUAGUAUUCUAGUUUUGUUUUAUCACUUUGUGUGAGUCAGGGAGACUAUUAUAUAUUGUAUUGUAUUGUAUUUGUAUUUGUUAUUUCUUAUUUGUCUUGUCUUUUUCCA